UAAUAAGAACGUGAUAAAUUUGGCCCGUAAUUUCACGCCAACCCCGUCACACAUCUCCCUCCUUAAUAAGGGCCUCAACUUUAUUCCUUCCACUAACCUCAGUAGCGACUGGCAUCAUCAACUUCAAUUUGACCUCCAGCGCUACCAUAGACGUGUCAAACUUGAGGUGUAUUAUGAGAAUCAAGAUUCUCCAGGACCCACACCUUUCACAGCCCGCUCCGGCUGGGAGCCCUCACCUGGACUUAUGCCUCCGGAAUUCCAGGCUAUGGUCCGGUCCGAUGGGCUUUCCGUGUCCGGUUCGGGCUGCGCACCUGCGGUCGCUCCCAAUUUGACACCGGAAGAAGUUGAGGCCCUUCAAAAUCUAAAAAGAAACAAGCACAUUGUCAUCAAACCAGCUGACAAGGGGAGUGCUGUUGUCAUUUUUGACAGGUCACAAUAUCUAUGGGAGGGUUCCCGGCAGUUGAGUGACAUGACGUAUUACAAACCACUGCCGGAACCAAUUUAUCCCCAGACCAUCCCCAUGGUAGGCAAGAUUCUGGAUAAUCUUCGCCUCAAAAAAUUCAUAAAUUUUAAACAACAGAGGUAUCUCAUGGGGGAGCGUGAUCCUCGCCCCCGCAGGUUUUACAUGCUCCCUAAAAUUCACAAGGAGCCAGACAAGUGGAGCAAGCCCCACGAGAUCCCUCCGGGCCGCCCCAUUGUGUCUGACUGCGGCAGCGAGACGUACAGAACGGCAGAGUUUAUCGACCAUUUUUUAACUCCGCUCUCCGUUCUGCACGACAGCUACCUCAGAGAUACCUAUGACUUUAUAGAUAAAAUCAAGAGUGUGAACAUUCCCCCAGAUGCCAUCCUGUUCACCAUAGACAUUGACAGCCUGUAUACAAACAUCGACAUCGAUGAGGGUAUUCAGGCUGUCAAAAAUGUCUUCUACAAGUACCGCGACGUCAGCAGGCCCGAGAAGGAGAUCCUACAGCUCCUUGAAAUUAAUUUGAGGAGAAACGACUUUGAGUUUGACGGUCGUUUCUACCUCCAAAUUAAGGGCACUGCUAUGGGCAAGAAAUUUGCACCGGCGUAUGCCAACAUUUUUAUGGCAGAGUGGGAGACCUCUGCUUUGGCCGCCUGCCCAAAACGUCCCCUUUAUUAUUUUCGGUACCUGGAUGACAUCUGGGGUGUUUGGACGCAUUCCAGUGAGGAGUUCAGCGUGUUUUUGAACACGCUUAACACUCACAACAAAAAUAUCACCAUCAAGUCGACCAUUAGCAGUACUUCUGUCGACUUUUUGGACACCACUACAUUCAAGGGUCCCGACUUUGCUAUUACGCAACACUUGGACAUCCGGGUGUUCUUCAAGGAGACCGACACCCAUGCGCUCCUUUACAGAAGCAGCUUCCACCCCACGCAUACCUUUGCGGGGUUGGUGAAAUCCCAAUUAUUGAGGUUUCAUCGUAUCUGCACCAGACGGGAGGACUUCCUGGGGGCCUCGAGGACCCUCUUUUCUGCUCUGAUGAGGAGGGGCUAUUCCAGGUCCUUCCUCAGACGGCAGUUGAGGGGCUUCUUGGACCCUAGGGGACCUCCCCCUGGGACAGACAUGAUUCCUCUGAUCACCACCUACUCUCCUUCGGCUGCGCGGGCCGCCUGGAAGGUCAAAAACCACUUCCGGGUCUUUGUGGAGAGUAGUGGGAGGCUGCCUGGUCGCUAUGUGGUGCCGGCCUACCGCAAGAACCCCAACUUGAAUGAUCAGUUGGUCAGGGCCAGGGUCUGCUCAUUGAGAGACCCGCCCUCCACCAAGAGGGACGCCCUUGUCCGCCACUCACAAUGGUUGGUGAACCCCCAUAACCGCAAGGUUUUCCAGCCGUUGUGCCGUGGCGGCCGACACACACAGAACUGUGUGUAUGUCAUCCGUUGUCAGCAAUGUGGGUGUAUGUACGUGGGCGAGACGGGCAAUACCUUAGCCAGGAGAUUCGCCCAGCACAAAUACAACAUUGUUAGACAAAAAAAUACCAACACUCACCUGGUUCAGCAUUUCCUCCUGCACGGAUGGUCUUCCGUCCGGGUGACUGUCGUAGAGACGGAUCCUAAAUGGAGCCUCGCCCAACGUCACAGGGCAGAGCUCCUGUGGAUCUCCAAAUUGGGCACCAGACAUCCGGGGGGCCUAAAUGAGAUGUAAGUGUCAGUCCGUUGGAUUGUAGACGGACAGUGCACAUCCCCUUCUCCUAACCCUAACCCUAACCCCUCCCCCAACCCUAACCCUAACCCUAACCCCUCCCCCAACCCUAACCCUAACCCUAACCCCAACCCUAACCCUAACCCUAACCCUAACCCUAAAUCCUUACCAUAAACCUAAUCAGCCAGUGCCUCCAAUCCUCUUACGGCUCUCGCUUUUCCUCAUUUGGACCCCUUGGACCUGACACCUGUUUAUCAGAACAGAAGUAGACACAUUCAACAACGUCUAAAAACACUCACCGGAGCAUGGUGUCACAUACACACACACACAUACAUUCAGAGCAUCACAUUUGGAGGUUACAGGGAACAUCCUCUGCUCACUCUCCUCAAUACUGAAGCCCUAGGUUACAUAUACAAGGUGCUUUUGUAUUAUUUCACCCUGAAUGUCCUUGUGUUUGUUUAUUGUUUAUAAAUUAUAUUAUAUUAUAUAAUUUAUAUCAUAUUAUAUUGUAUUAUAUCAUACAUUAUAUAUCAAUAACAAUGUUUAUCUCUUCAUGUUAUUGUUCUAGCAGACAAGUUUGUGCAAUAGCAUCCUUGGGCUUCAGUGGGUCUAAUUGUUAUUGUCAUUGUUCUUCACUUGUGUUUGGGUCAAAACUUCUAUUUUGAAGGCCAACUUGUGUAUGACGUGGACCCCACCCCUUUAUUCGAAUGUUUUACGGCUAUUGACACCUUACGACUGCACUACCUCUUGCAAACGGCAAGGUUAAAAGGCUGACCUCAGCCUACCUGUCGUGCUAACCUGCUAACUCUUUACAAACGAGUCAGGCCUGAUGAAGGUAUUCUACCGAAACGUUGCCAUCUGACUCGUUUCAUGGUGCCCUGAGGGCCUACCGUUGGAGCUUGACGUUA